UAAAAUGAAGGGCUAAGAAGACCCCCUGAAACUCAUACAUGUAACUCCCGAGAAAGCUGAUGCUGAGACUAAACAAUAACCAUCUUGUCAUUUCUGGAAGGGACAAUGGAUCAACCCAGUGGGAGAAGCUUCAUGCAAGUUCUUUGUGAAAAAUACAGCCCAGAAAACUUCCCAUAUCGCCGUGGUCCCGGAAUGGGCGUGCAUGUCCCGGCUACACCUCAGGGUUCACCUAUGAAAGACCGUCUCAACCUGCCAAGUGUGCUGGUGUUGAACAGCUGUGGGAUCACCUGUGCAGGAGAUGAGAUGGAGAUAGCUGCCUUCUGUGCUCAUGUGUCUGAACUGGAUCUUUCUGACAACAAACUAGAAGACUGGCAUGAGGUCAGUAAAAUUGUGUCCAAUGUCCCGCACUUGGAGUUUCUGAACCUGAGUUCCAAUCCCCUGAAUUUGUCAAUUUUAGAGAGGAGGUGUGCUGGAUCUUUCUCUGGUGUUCGCAAACUUGUGCUCAACAACAGCAAAGCUUCCUGGGAAACAGUCCACACUAUACUGCAAGAAUUACCAGACUUGGAGGAACUUUUCCUGUGCCUUAACGACUAUAAUACAGUGUCUUGUUCUCCAGCUUGUUGUAAUUCUCUCAAAUUGCUUCACAUAACUGACAAUAAUCUCAAAGACUGGACUGAGAUCCGGAAACUGGGAAUAAUGUUUCCAUCACUAGAUACUUUGGUUCUGGCCAAUAACAGUGUGUCAACCAUUGAAGACUCAGAGGAUUCUCUGGCAAGGCUAUUCCCGAACUUGCGAUCCAUCAGUCUGCACAAGUCAGGUCUGCAUUCCUGGGAAGAUAUUGACAAACUCAAUUCUUUCCCUAAGCUUGAGGAAGUGAGGUUGCUGGGAAUCCCUCUCCUUCAGCCGUACACCACUGAGGAGCGGAGGAAGCUGGUAAUAGCCAGGCUACCAUCAAUCACCAAGCUGAACGGAAGUGUCAUAAUGGACGGAGAACGAGAAGACUCUGAAAGAUUUUUCAUUCGCUAUUAUAUAGACUUUCCCCAGGAAGAAGCUCCUUUCAGGUAUCAUGAACUAGUGACAAAAUACGGGAAGCUGGAAAAGCUGGCGGUGGUCGACCUGACGCCUCAGAGCAGCGCCAAGGUCGAAGUUCACUUCAAAAACCAAGUGAAGGAGAUGAACAUCCGCUUAGAUCAGACGGUGGCGGAACUCAAGAAACAAUUGAAAACGGUGGUGCAGCUGCCCAUCAGCAGCAUGCUGGUCACCUACUUCGAUAAGGAAGAUCCUUUUGGCCCCGAAGAGCUGAAGUACAACUCCAGGGCCCUGCAUUCCUACGGCAUCCAGGAUGGAGACAAAAUCUACGUGGAAUCCAAAGCCAAGUAGCCUCUCUGCGCCAAGAAGGCCUGCUCCAGACUGCGCACCCGCCCCACGUAACACAACCAGGGGACUUUCUGACGGGGUGUUUCAUUUGGGUUCAUUGGUUGAGAUUUGGUGUUUCGAAGUGUGUCAGAUCACUUCUCUAGCCCAGGUUAGCAGGUCCAGAUCUGUGAGAUAAGCACCAGGAUUCGGCGCAGAUGACAGGAGGCUCCCAAGAGGCGUGACAUCAAGCAGGUGUGCAGUUUCCCUCUGUUAUCUCCCAGCUGCUUCAGUAUACUUGUGAAUGUAGCAUGACAGGCCGUCUUCGAAGCUCGGAGGUC